UCCGUCGCCCUACACGGUACAUCAUCACCACUAUAGCAGCGCCGACCGUGAACUGAAUCUUGAACGGCAGAGAGCUUCACCAAAUUUGGACCCUAUGACAAAACCCAGGUCCUGAACAUGCACCUCGACAAUUCCUCUACGCUGCUGAGUGGCUACCGCAAGGUAACUUUCAUCUCCCCAUCCCACGCUUCCCAUGUACGCGACUCAACUAACCACCCCUCCACCAAAACAACAGGCCAUGCUCACCGCCUUCCUCCUCGCCAUAUGGUCGCAAUACACCUGCAAACUCUCCAUCCUCCUCUUCUACCGGCGCAUCUUCAGCACCAGCACAUUCCACCAGCGCGCCUCACUCUACCUGAUCAUGUUCACCUCGCUCUGGUGGGCCGCCACAGUCAUCACUAUGAUCUGUAUCUGCCGGUCCUUUGUCGUCAACGUCCACAGCCCGUCUGAGGCCAUCAAACUGUCUGUUGAACGGGACAAAUAUCGCGGGUCUUGGUCGCAUGUGAUACACGUUUUCCUCGCGCUUGACGCUGCCAACGAUCUCGCUAUCUUGCUCGUACCAAUUCGCACGGCGUCUACGCUACAGAUGGCGCUACGAGCGAAGGCCGGGCUUGCGGGUGUUUUCGCACUGGGCGGUUUCGUCGUUGUUACUAACGUGGUGCGGAUUGUUGAGUUUUACACGAGACGUAAAGAGGAUCCGAAUGAGAGUGGGUCUUAACUUACUUCGACACUAAUGGUCUUAGUGCUGACGCUGAGCAGUUUUUUAUCAUGUCACGGAACUUUGGACCAGCGUCCAUGUUUGUACUGCGAUUUUGUGUGCUUCUUUGCCUAUCUUCAAGCCGCUGUGGACGUCGCU